AUGUCUGCUUUUAAAUCAGCUUCUACUUCAAACUCUGCAUCCUUCUGGCCAAUAUUGCCGCCGUCUUAUCCUCUUGGAGUCCGCAAUUCUUACCUGUCAGCAUGGAUGCCUGGUAACAAGGCUACCGAUCUACCGUCGUCUGCUCCCAAGUUCUGGAAUGGACAACAGCUUGGCUGGUCUGUGAUGGCUCGAGUCGAUGAGAAGGGCUAUAGCUUGUUUGGAGUGCCUUCCGCAGGAAAAGACGUAACGCCAGGGAGCGUGAGAGGCGCCACAUAUACGACUACUCAUUCAUCUUUCUUCGUCGACGCCGGCUCUGCCACCUUCAUCCUGGACUUUUUCUCACCUGUUGCUCCCAAUAACUACGUGCGCCACUCACUGCCUUUCAGCUACCUGACUGUCUCAGCAUCCGCAAAGGAUGGCAAGAGACAUUCUGUGCAGAUAUAUUCCGAUAUGGAUAGCUCCUGGACCGGCCACUUCGAGGAAGAUGAUGACAUGAUUUGGAACUCAACCACACGCGCUAAUAGCACAACCGUAAUGGCCCUCGCAUCAGUUGCAUCUGUCAAUGGUGCUCCAUUUUCCGAAGUGAACGACAUGGCCCAGUGGGGUACUGCCGUCUACUGCAGUCGGCCUAACGGCGGUGAUGCCAAUGCGCUUACUCACGCAGUGGGAGAACUGGGACGGACGCGAAACGACUUCAUUCGACAUGGCGAAAUGCGCGGCGAUGGAGACAUAUCGACGACCUGGCAGCCCGGCGCUGGCCUCGCUUUCUCUUACGAUAUGGACAGCAUAGAGACUACGAGGAAUGCUACCUUUGUCAUCGGACAUGUGCGAGACCCAGAUCUCAAUUAUCUCGGCGACUCAAGACGAAGCUACUGGAAGUCGGCAUGCGAUGAUGAUAACUGGAUCGCCUGCGGUUGCGACCUCGCUCUUAAUGACUUUGCAGCAGCGGAUGCAGAGUCUCGAGCGUUUGAUUCAGCCAUUGCAGCCAAUGCUGAGAGUGUUGGUGGCUCCAAAUACAGUGACAUCCUUCAGCUCUCAGUUCGCCAGACCUUCGGCGCCAUGGACAUGACUGUCUCCAACGAUCUUAACACGAGCGACGUGAUGAUAUUCCAGAAGGGAAUUAGUAGUAAUGGUAACGUCAAUAAGGUCGAUGUGAUCUUCCGACUUUCGCCUAUCCUGUACGUUGUGGCUCCAGAGUGGAUUCGUCUUCUCGCUGAACCGGUAAUGCGAUAUCUUGCCUCUGGUCGCUGGGGCUUCAGCUUCACCAUCCAUGACAUUGGAUCCCACUAUCCUAACGUAACAGGUCACGACGACGGUUUCGCAGAGCCAACGCCGUUGGAGGAGUGUGGCGACAUGAUUCUCCUUGCAUACAUGUAUCAGACCGCUACAGGUGACACGGACUGGACAGCACAAUACUCAUCUCUGUUCCAAAGCUACGCAGAUUACCUUGUCGAAGGAGGACUCUAUCCAAGCGAUCAGGUCUCCUCUGACGAUGACGCUGGCGCUUCUGCGAAUCAAACUUCGCUGGCCAUGAAGUCUGCUAUCGCACUGAAUGCUUUCGGUCGCAUGACGGCACAGACGGACUACUCAGACGUCGGCCUUCAAUUCGCCGACGUGCUUUACAACCAAGGCGCCGGCCUGGAUUCCGACAGAACGCACUUCACUCUGGUUCAAGGCGAAGACGAGUCCUGGACGACUGCCUACAAUCUCUAUAUUGAUGUUCUCUUGAAUCUAGAAACAUUCCCUUCCGAAGCCUACACUUUGCAGUCCGCAUACUACACGAGUGUACGAUCCGAAGCUGGCGUAGCACUGGACAGUCGCGUGAGUUGGGGCAAGACGGAUUGGAUGCUAUGGGCAGCAGCUGUUGCUCAGCAGUCCGGUAAUGAGGAUGUGAGGGACAUGUUCGUGGACGACGUGCACGCUUUCAUCUCAAAUGGACAGAGCGACAAACCUUUUGGGGACCGCUUCUUCGUUGGCAACAGUGGGGGCGAUGAGGCCGGAACCUGGGAUUCGUAUAGAGCGCGACCUGUAGUUGGCGGACUCUUUGCUCUCUUGGCCUUGAACGGUCCCACCAUGUGGCUCGGAGACGCCGAACAGGGUAACGAGUGA